AUGCCAAUAGUAAACCAAGUACAUUUGUUCAAUAUAAACAAAUACUCAACAUUUAGGAAUAAUACGUGGAUUCAUUACCCACAACGCACUGAACUCACACUUUGUAUUAUCAACAAAUGCGAGGAAGAAGAGAACAGCAACAGCAACAGCAGUAGUAGUCGUGGUAGUCGUGGUAGUAGUAGUAGUAUGUGCACUGAAGUCAAUAUACAAUGGAAAGGGUCUCGUUUGGACAGCCAUGAGUUGUUUCUUAAUGCUAAAGUAACCACAUCCAUUUUAAAGAAAGCACCAUGUAUUGGAAUAAAACAAGCAAAUGGUAAUGGCAAAAUAUUGUUUCGCUUCCAAAUCAGUCUUGAAAGCGAUGGUGAAUAUGACCGGUGUUGUCAAAUACUCGAAGGUUUACGAUUAUCUAGCAGAAAAAGUGAAAAGCAACCAUGUUUAGAAACAAAUUGCAGCACACCAGAAUCUUUGUUUUCGCAGCAACUUUCUCUGCAACUGCAAAAUGCUGUGGUAAAUAUUCCUUCUCAAGUAGAGCAAUCUGUCCAGAAACAUUCUUUGUCUUUGGAACAAAAUACACAGAAUGAUUCAAUUCCAAAGCAUGGUAAAAAGCAAUUGACGCAAGAGACACACAAUAGCCUGCAAGUACAGCACCAAUCAGAUAUGGUACAUCAAGCAAUGGUUAACAACGUUGACAACCAGAACAAUAUUACAACUCACCUACCAAAGUCGCCACAAUAUCCCACUCCAACAAAUGAUUUUGUUUUUUCCCAAAAUCAAAUGCAUAACACCUCACUUAUAUCGCCAUUGUACCCAGGUCCAAAAAUAUACAAUCAUCUUAUUGAGCAGCAACAGCACCAACAGCACCAACAGCACCAGCACCAGCAACAACAACCCACAUUUUUCAAUAUUCAGAAUCCGCCAAAAUAUUCCAAUACCUCAAACAGUCCAAUGACUAGUCAAAUAAUUCCUCAUACUUCUAUGCAACAAUAUCAGUAUCCCUUCUCGCUAUAUCCUACUAUUCCUCCACCACUACAGCAAAUACCACCUUCACCAAAACCACCGCCCCCACCACCGCCAAAAACAGCAAAACUGCAUUAUCUGCAAACUGAUACACAUCUUUAUCAUUCAUAUCCAGUUUCUGCAAACUUUUAUCCUCGUAUUCCUCAUGAGACUAAUUCACAAUCAAGUCUUCAAAAUUUAAACCUACAAAAUACCUCAAGGCCAAAGCCAAUGUCAAUGCCAACGCUACACAUUGACCACACACCUAUACCUUCUUCUACCACCCAGCAAACAGACACAGGUCUUCAAAUUAAUCACCAGUCAAAGUCAAGUCUUCCCAAUUCCAUUUUAGAUCAAAAGAAUGGUACGAAUUCAAUUCGCGAGUCUACCACUGAGAGUUGUCAGCUUGCACCAAAGCAGUCUACAUGGCACAACCUCGAGGAGUACAAGUUGAUGACAGAUAGUGAGUUGAGAGCAGCCAUUCACAAAAAAUGUCAGCUGAAGGAGUUUCGCGACUUUGUCAAGAGAUUGGAUCGCAUUAUAGAAAAGUUUUGA